CUGGCAGCACAAGACCAAGGGCAGCUGGCUCCUCCCUCCCAAGGAGAUGGAGUGGCUGACAGACGCCAGUCCCUCCCCUUAAUCCUCUUUCGCCCCACCCCUCCCCCUCCACUCCUGGAACUGACCACUGACCAUUGUCCUGGGCCUCUAAGGGGUGGAGGGGCUGGAGGAGGACGGCGCUCUCACCUCUCCCCACCUAACUAGCUCCUUCCCUCCCUCGCUCGGGCUGGGCUGUAACUCUGCCAGGCUCAGCAGCAAACUGCAGAAGCGCCCCGGGGAGCAGCAGCGCUGCCGGGGAGACGAGGAGGGAGCCUGGCAGCCCAGCUGGGCUGCCUUAGCCCACCGCAGAGAGCACCGCAGAGCUCCGCCAUCCUCCCGUCCUGCCCACGGUGACUCUGGUACCAGCUGGUGGAGCAGCGGAUGAUGGCGUCCACGCUGCAAGGACCCAGGCUUCCUGCCGACCCUGACCUGCUGCUGAUGCAGGAAGGCAUGCAGCUGCGCAAGGUGAGGUCGAAAAACUGGAAGAAGCUCAGAUACUUCAAACUUCAGGAUGACGGCAUGACAGUCUGGCAUUCCCGGCAGAUGGGGUGGCGUGCCAAGCCCAGCUUCUCGAUCUCCGACGUGGAGACGGUGCGGGAGGGCCUGGACUCGGAGUUGCUGCGCAGUCUGGCUGAGGAGUUCCCUCUGGAGCAAGGCUUCACUGUUGUCUUCCACGGACGCCGCUCCAACCUCGACCUGGUGGCCAACAGUGCUGAGGAGGCCCACGUCUGGAUGCGGGGGCUCCAGCUGCUGGUGGAUGUCGUCACUAGCAUGGACCGACAGGAGCGGCUGGAUCAAUGGCUGAGUGACUGGUUCCAGCACGGAGACAAAAACCAGGAUGGUCGGAUGAGUUUCCGAGAAGUGCAGCGAUUACUGCACCUGAUGAAUGUGGACAUGGACCACGACUAUGCCUUCCGGCUUUUCCAGGCAGCAGACACGUCGCAGUCCGGGACUCUGGAGGGAAAAGAAUUUGUCGAGUUCUACAAGGCACUGACUAAGCGCGUGGAGGUGGAGGAACUGUUUGAAAACUUCUCGGCCGAUGGGCAGAAGCUGACAUUGCUGGAGCUUGUGGAUUUCCUCCAAGAGGAGCAGCAAGAAGGCGACCGGGCACCUGACCUCGCUCUAGAGCUCAUCGAGCGUCAUGAGCCUUCAGAGAGCGGCAAAUGGCGGCGUGUGCUAAGCAUGGAUGGCUUCCUUAGCUACCUCUGCUCCAAGGACGGAAACAUCUUCAACCCAGCCUGCUACCCCAUAUACCAGGACAUGUCCAAGCCCCUGAGCCACUACUACAUCAACUCCUCCCACAACACUUACCUGGUGGGGGACCAGCUGUGUGGCCAGAGCAGCCUCGAAGGAUACAUACGGGCCCUGAAGCGGGGCUGCCGUUGUGUGGAGGUAGAUGUUUGGGAUGGCCCUAAUGGGGAACCCAUUGUUUACCAUGGACACACCCUGACCUCCCGAAUCCUGUUCCAAGAUGUCGUGGCCACAGUAGCGCAGUACGCCUUCCAGACAUCAGACUUCCCAGUUAUCUUGUCCUUGGAGAACCAUUGCAGCUUGGAGCAACAGGAGGUCAUGGUGCAUCAUCUGACCGAGAUCCUGGGGGAGCAGCUGCUGAGCACCACCUUGGAUGGGCUGCUGCCCACUGAGCUGCCCUCACCUGAGGAGCUUCGAAGGAAGAUCCUACUGAAGGGAAAGAAGUCAAGGACACUUGAAGAGGAUCUGGAGGAGGAGGAGGAAGAGGAAGAGGAGGAGGAGGAGCCUGAGGCUGAGGCUGAGGCUGAGCCCAAACCCGAGCCUGAGCCCGAGCCCCAGGAGUUAAGCCCUCGGAGUAAGGACAAAAAGAAGAAGAAAUCCAAGCCCCUGCUGUGUCCGUCCCUCUCCGCCUUGGUUGUCUACUUGAAGAACGUCCCGUUCCACAGUUUCACCCAUUCGAGGGAGCACUACCGCUUCUAUGAGAUCUCAUCCUUCUCUGAGACCAAGGCCAAGAACCUCGUCAAGGAGGCUGGCAAUGAGUUUGUGCAGCACAACACCUGGCAGCUAAGUCGAGUGUAUCCCAGCGGCAUGAGGACCGAUUCUUCCAACUACAACCCGCAGGAACUCUGGAAUGCAGGCUGCCAGAUGGUGGCUAUGAAUAUGCAGACUGCGGGCCUCGAGAUGGACAUCUGUGAUGGGCUCUUCCGCCAGAAUGGUGGCUGUGGCUAUGUGCUGAAACCAGACUUCCUGUGUGACACCCAGACUUCCUUCCAUCCUGAGAGGCCCAUCAGUCUUUUCAAGGCCCAGACGCUCUUGGUCCAGGUGAUCAGUGGCCAGCAACUCCCCAAAGUAGGCAACGUCAAAGAAGGGUCCAUCGUGGACCCGCUGGUGAAAGUGGAGAUCUUUGGCAUCCGCCCUGACACAACCCGACAGGAAACCAGCUAUGUGGAGAACAACGGUUUCAAUCCAUACUGGGGGCAGACGCUAUGCUUCCGGGUCCUGGUGCCUGAACUUGCCCUGCUACGCUUUGUGGUAGAGGAUUACGACUGGAAAUCCCGGAAUGACUUUGUUGGGCAGUAUACCCUGCCUUGGACCUGCAUGCAGCAAGGUUACCGCCACAUACACUUGCUCUCCAGGGAUGGCACCAGCCUGCACCCGGCUUCCAUCUUUGUGCACAUCUGCAUCCGGGAAGGGGUAGAGGAGGAAGAAGCCUGAGGGUGCACUUCCAGUACAAGCCUAUGACACCAUUCCCACCGUCUCGGUACUCAGUGCUGGAGUUCCAAUCCUCGAGCAGAUCUCGGACUCGUCCUUCCCAGGAACCCUGGCCCCAAGCAGAGUGCCACUAGAAAGCCAGAGGCAGAGGAGCCCAGAGCUAAUAUCCCCUUCACUUCUAACCUCCUCAAGGUCCAGAGCCUGGGGACAGAGGAACCAAGCCUCAAGCCUGCCCAUGCAAAGGCUGAGGAAGAAGACUGCAGCCUGAUGCUCAGGACACCCCACAGCCCCUGAGCCCCAUGGGAUGGCUCGGCCCCAGCCCAGCCUAUAUAAACAGAGCUUCUCUCCCCA